AGUAGAUAAAGAAAAACGAAAAACGUAAACAACUAGCACGAGGAUAUUUUUGAAAUUAUUAUAUGUUUGUUAAUGAUCAAAUAUGAAUAUGUCAGGUUUGUGCGAGAAAAGUUUUGCAGUUGCAACGAAAUUCAGCAAUUUCUAUGGAGGGGGAGACGUUGUUUGGUCUGAAGAUGGUGAACGCAUUUAUUGCUUAAACAACACCGAAGUUUCUGCCAUAAAUGUAUCUACUGGUCAACUUGUACGUGCUUAUGGUACCACGGCAGAAAUAGCGGAAAAUAAUUUAACGCCGGGUAAUAAAAUAGAAAGGAACGAAGAUGAUCAGCUGGAAGAUGAAAUUCCUUGUUUUUCACUUUCGCCCGAUAAUACAUUACUUGUAACUGCUCACCGUAGUGGCUUGUUGCGAUUGUGGUCUGUCGAAUCUGGAAAGGUUGUUAAAUUGUGGAAAGGUCAGCAUAAAGGCCCAAUUGUGAAAGUACAAUUUAGCACAUGCGGAAAGAUUAUAUGUUCCAGUGGUGCUGAUUCCUCAUUGCGCAUAUGGGACUAUGUGCGCAGCACAUGUAUGUGUGCUCUACGGGAAUUUAGUGGACCUGCAUUGGUUUUAGCAUUCCAUCCAGAUAUUAAGCGGACAGAGGUGUAUGCCACUGGUGCUGACAACACGAUAUAUUGUUGGAAUUAUGCUGAAAAGCGAUUAUUGUUUCAAAUGCGUGGUCAUCUUUCGCAAGUUACGGCUAUAACAUUUUUAGGCGGUGAAAAUGGUUGCGAUUACCUGGCAUCUGUAAGUCGGGACAAAGUUUUAAUUGUAUGGCGUCUUGCCGAUGCAUCACAAUAUAAAGUUAUACCAAUGUUUGAAGAAUUAGAGGGCGUAGCGUGUUUGGUUAAAAAUAAUAAUGACCCAGAUGUUCUUAACGUAGUUGUAUCAUGUGCAGCGGGAGCUUUAAAAUUGGUGGAUUGUAAAACAUCAAAAUUAACAACAUUGACGGAAGAUACCAGCCAAGAAUUUCGCCAAUUAUUACAUUGUAAACGCUCUGAGCAAUUGGCUGUGAUAACAGUGGAACAAAAUAUAUUGAUAUACAAAGCCACUGACGAAUGUGUAGCUGCAAAUAACGUAGAAUGUGCAAAACAGUUAAUCGGCUUUAAUGAUGAAAUAUUGGAUAUUUGCUUUUGGGGUGAGAAUGACCGUUUCCUAGCUGUAGCGUCUAACAGCAAAAAUAUUAAAAUUUAUGAUACCGAAGCCAAUAUGAAUUGCAAAAUUGCGAGUGGUCACAAUGACACCGUUAUGACGCUAUCAGCUGCUGGAGGUACUAACCUCUUGCUUUCAGCCGGCAAAGAUCUUAGCAUAUGUUUAUGGAGAGUGAAUCCAAAUACGUUUACACUCAACUGUGUGGCCCGCAAUAACAGCAGUCACACUUCCACAAUUGGUUGCAUUGCAUUUGGUUGUAACACCGCAGCGUUUUUCGCAUCAGUCUCACAAGAUGGCAGCCUUAAAGUCUGGAAUUUGAAGAAAAAUAAGGAUGCUCCACACUCCUUCAAUUUGAAGUAUUCGGCUUUGUCUCACGACAAAGAAGUGAAUAGCGUUAGUUUCUCACCAAAUAAUAAGUUAUUGGCCACAGCAUCGCAAGACAAAACCGCAAAAUUGUGGAGCGCUGACAGCAAUGCAUUAGUUGGUACACUACGUGGUCAUACGCGUGGAGUUUGGUGUGUGCGCUUCUCCCCAGCCGAUCAAGUCGUUCUAACAUCUUCUAGCGAUUGCACACUACGCCUUUGGUCUUUAGCUACGCUAACAUGUAUUAAACGGUUCGAACAAGAAUGUACGGUAUUACGUGCUGAAUUCAUUGACUAUGGCAAAUAUGUAGUAUCUGCAGCAUCUGAUGGUCUACUUAAAUUGUGGAGCAUAAAAACAAACGAAUGUGUGCAAACUUUAGAUGCGCAUACAGAUCGCAUUUGGUCGCUAGCAAUAUCCACACGCAGUGGUAAAUGCUUUUAUAGCGGCGGUGCAGACUCCAAAUUGAUACAAUGGCAAGAUGUGACAACGGUAUGUCGAAAUGAUGAAAUUGAUAAACGUGCCGAGCUGGUGCAACAAGAGCAAACAUUGCAAUCGCUGCUACAUCAGAAGAAAAAUUUGAAAAAAGCUUUUAUGUUGGCGCUAAAACUAAGCAAACCUAAAACAACUUAUAACAUUCUGAGUGACUACGUGCGUGAACGUAACACAGAGCCUGUUCGUGAGUUAAUUAAUGCAUUGAACAGUGAUCAACGUGUUACUCUCAUGGAGCAUACGAAAGCAUGGACGACAAAUUCACGGCACUGCAAAAUUGCCAAUCUUGUUUUGCAUUACUUACUGAGUGACUACAUUGCCGCGCCCACUGAGCAUGGCGUGCCUGGCAUGCGUAAUGUAGUGGAGGUGCUUACGCCAUACCUGCAGCGGCACCAUAAACGUGUCAAUGAGCUGACCAAGGAAUUGAUGUUCCUCGAGUUCAUCGUCAAUGGCAUUUAAGUAUGUAUGUACAUAUAUUUGACUUCGAAUGGAGUUGAUUGGUUUACAAUUUGCUAAUAUUGAUUUUUAUGUUUUCUUUAAUGUACAAUUAUGAAUAAAACAAAAGAUUUUAUUUUAACGAAA